AUGGUCAGCAUAGUUGGGGUUGAAAUAUCUUCGAGAUUCGCUAAAAUAAAUAUUACUGUAUACGUUCUGGAUAUAGUGAAACAUAUUUUGACUAACAGUUUGACAUUUGAAACAUCAAGAUUCUUGUGCCAGUUUCGUCUUGGGCUGUACCUGACUGAUGUCCGAAUUACAAGCACUAUGAGUCAGGCAGAAUGGCUGGAGUUGGAAAGUGACCCUGGGUUAUUUACUUUACUUUUGGAAGAUUUUGGAGUCCAAGGAGUUCAAGUGGAGGAAAUUUAUGACUUGUCUAAACCUAUCACUGAAAUUGUUUACGGCUUUAUAUUUUUAUUUCAUUGGAACAAAGCCAAGAAGAAGCCAUGCCGCCGUACUGGAAGGAGUUCGACCGGUUCGGUAACAAAUACAAUUUCUCCGAGUUCGUACACACCUGUUUCCAUUUGUGAUGUGCGAUCAAAUUCAGUUACACCGAAGACGGGAAAUAAUGGUUCUCGUCACCGUUCAGCAUCUGGAUCCUGCCAGGAUAUUAUUACCACUCCAGAGUCCAGGUCUGCUGGUGAAAUCUCAGAAUGCAAGUCAAUGACUCCUACUUCGGACAAAACAGAGAUUUUCUUUGCUCACCAGGUUGUGCAAAAUUCUUGUGCUACUCACGCCCUACUGAGUAUUUUAUUAAAUAGACCUGAAAUAAAUAUAGGACAUAUGUUAGCUGAAUUUCAAAAAGCUACUCGCUAUUUAUCACCAGAAGCUAAAGGUCUUGCCAUCGGAAGUAUGCCACAACUUGCUCAGGCACAUAAUCGACAUGCUGCAAAACCACUAACAGUUUGUAAGAACGAAACAAUAUCCAAUUUGGAAUUACCUGAACCAAGUCAAGCUGCAGCAACCGCAGCAGCAAUCGCUAAGGCUAGUAUAGGAACGGUGAAUUGUGUGAAUUCAUCAGAUUCAAGUCCUAGUCUCGCUACUACAACAGGAUCUAACGUAACAGUUCCCGAUACAUUUCAUUUUGUUUGUUAUGUUCCUAUUGGUGGGUUUUUAUAUGAACUAGAUGGUCUUACAUCUGAACCAAUAAAUCAUGGUCCGUUAAAGAAUCCAAAUGAUCAAUUUGCUUGGACUGAACAGUGUGCUGAUGUUUUGAAGGAACGUAUGCAAGAACAAGAUGUUCGGUAUAAUUUAUUAGCUGUUGUACCAGAUCGUCGUGUAGCGCUUACAAAACGUAUGCAAAUGUUAAAACGCAAUCGUCAACUUAUUCAAGAUAUUCUGUUCCGUAUGUGUCAGUUUGAUCAUACGUCCAAAUCGUUACAUUGUUCUAAUAGUAAUAAUAUUACUGUUACUACUGCCAAUGCUACUACUACCAAUAUUACGACUACUACUACUACUACCACCACUGUUUCUAUCAAUCAUGAAAAUCCACAUAAUCAAUCUAAUUGUCAUCAUCAUCUUCAUUCUCAUCUUAUUCAAGAAAAAUAUAAAUCAAGUCCCUCUGAACAUUUUAUCAAUGAUGAAAACUGUGUACACCUGCCAAACUCAUCACCAUCUUUAUCUCUGGGAAAACAAUAUAACCCUCCAUGCAUAGAAAAAUGUUCACCUACAAGCACAAAUAUGCAUAAUUGUACUAAUAGUAUUAAUACCAAUAAUAACAAUCUUGAUAAAAACAAACAUGAACCAUCUGAUGACUUUGAGAAUUCACGUUCCAUCAAAACUCGUUCAGCGACACGUGCUGCCAAACAAACAGUUUAUGAGAACCACAACUAUCCUGAGUCAGAACUAAGUAAAUCAAUACAUCAAAAACAUAAUAAUAAUUCUCUAUCUGGUACUAUUUUAACUGAUAGUAUACAUUCUCCUACCAAUGAUGAUUACAGUACAUUUUGUUUUUCAUCUCGUAAACGUUCUUCCUAUUCAUCACCAAAUGAACAUAAUGAUCCAGACUGUUGGGACUGUCAACACAAAAAGCCUUAUUUACAUAUGCCUCAACAGGAUGAUAUCAAUAAUAAUAAUAAUAAUAAUAAUAAUAAUAAUAAUAAUAAUAAUAAUAAUAAUAAUAAUAAUAAUAAUGGUGAAAACGGUUAUAACUGUAAUUCCCAAUUAGAAUAUUCUCCGAAUACAAAUAAAAUAAAUAGAAUUUUCGCUUCUUUCAUUUCAAAUAAUUCACCGUUAUCUCUUACCGUACUUACUGAAACAAUGUCUAGUACGGUUCGUAAGUCGAAUAUCAAUAAAAUUUCUCAUUCAGUAGAUGAUUGUAAAGAAUCAAAAGGGAAUCUUCAAGAAAUACAGGAUUUAGAGAAUGGUAUACCGAAUGGAAUUUCCAUUAAACUACAAGAAAAUUAUUUUUAUGAUGUGAAGGAUUUACAUUCACUUGAUCACAGUUCAGAUCAGUUAACAAAAGUAACAUCUACAUCUACAAGUUGUACAGAACUAAAUUCUUGUAAAGUUAAUGAACCUACAUACUGUAGUCGAUCAACACUGUUGGGCAGGCAAAACAUUCCAUUAAAAGAACUUACUAAACCUUUAACUGUUGAAACAAAGUUAUGGUGUGAUGCUACUUCAGAAAAUCUAGAUACAGGUGACUCGGAAACACCUGUUACAAAUGACAUAUAUCCUACAAAUUCAUCGAUAACUUCAUCUAAUGAAAUUUGUGGUACCGUUUUAGAUUCACGUCCCCAAACACGAGCACUUACUAGAGCAUCUUUAAAGCUAAAUUCACUUAGUUCAGUACAAGCAUCAACUGAAGAGCGAAUUUCGAUCACAAAAAUAUCAUCAGAUAAUGUACAAUCAAAUAAAUCAGUACUGAUGAAUCAUGAAUCCAGUUUAUAUAAUUCAGAUGUAUCAAACAAGUAUCGUUCACCUACAGAAAUUUCCCCAAUGACUACAGACUUAGCUGAAUCCAACAUUUCAAUUUCAUCCAGUGAUAUCGCUGGUCCAAAUCGAGGAUCAAAGUAUCCAACAAGAUCAUCAACUCGAAUGGAUACUCUAGCUUCUCAUAAUUUAGCUCACCUUCGUUCAAAUCCUGUUACUCUUCACAGUAAUACGAGUCCUUCAAAAGUUAGUAGAAUCACUUCUUUUGAACAGACUUCUACGGUUCAUUCCACUUCUAAUGCUAAUACUAAUACUACAAAUAUUACUUCAACAUACUUAUCACCGUUUACGUAUGAUUACAUGAAAUUGAAGAAUUCACCAAGUUUAUAUCCUCCACCUUUAAGUGUGGAAGAACUGAAUAUCCUACUACAUAAAAUAGAUGAACAAAUAAAACUAUGUCUUAGUGCUUUGAUUGAAGAAGAAGAGAAACGUCGAUCUUAUCGUAUUGAUGAUGCUAGACGUAUACACAAUUAUGAACCGUUUAUACGAGCUUUUCUCACUGCCCUAGCUAGACAUGGAAUGUUAAAAGAUCAAGUAUUAUCUGCAAUGAAACUAAAACAUACCCCUGUUAUUAAUCACAAUCAUAUUUCAUCUAUACAAGUAUCAGACAGUUGUAAAAAGUCAAAUGUAAAAAGUAAUAAUAAUAAUAAUAAUAAUAAUAAUAAUAAUAAUAAUAACAGUAAUAAUAAAUAUGUAUCUAAUAAAAUGCAUACUGAACGCAUUUACUCAUUGACUAAUAAUUCUUCAAUUAAAAAGAGAACUUAUCUUUCAAGUUCAAUAAUAAAUAGAUUAACUCGAGUUAGUCAAUCUACAAACAAUAAUAUUCGUAUCUCUCAUCACUAUAACGCUUUGAAAUAUCGCAAGCUACGAAGGAGAAGAAGAAUGAGAGAUUCUAUUAGGAAUUCAAGAUCGAGUUGUACCGGAAAGGAUACAGGUGUAGUCGAAUUAAAAUCUCCAUUAGGUGAAUCAACUGAUUUAACAUCAUCUUAUAGACCACCUGUGACGGAUGAGUCAUUGUCAUCUAUGAAUUCCUCUGGCUCUUGUAAUUUACAAAGUGUUUUGACUAACUCUACAACUACACUUCAAGCACCGGUUGUAUCUACACAAAGUAAAAACUCACGUGCAAUACGAAUCAAUGUAAAUCAGCAACAUCGUGACGAAACUGGUGAAUCUACUUUACAAUGCCCAUUACUUAUUUCAAAUAGUUUAUGUACAGAUAGUUGUCAAAAGUCAUCUGUAACUAUUGAUGAGAAUAGCAUAGUUGAGGGUAGUUUGGCUUCUUCAGCUGUGUCAUCAGUCACACUAGCAUCCUGCUCAUCAUGUGGUUCAUCUCCUCAAUCAUCCAAUUCAUCCCGGUCAACUAAUCUUCGAUCCAAUUCUUCAGGUGUAAAAUUAAGACAAAUUAAAUCAGAUGAUCGAGUCAAUACUAGACGUUCUUUACGACCGCGUGUCUCUCGUGAACAUGCUUUCACACAAGAUGCAAAUAAUUCAGCUGACUCUUUUAGUGUCACAUCAGAGGAUCCGGAUACAAACAAUAGUGGAAUUAAUUUAAGAGAUAGAACUACGAAGUCAUCUUCACGUACACAUAAUACUGACUGUAAUAAUUGCACUGUCACAGAAUCAUCUACUUCAUCCAGUUCCCAACGAUUUCGGAAACGACGUCUUCAUCGAUAGAAUUUAUGCAGUCAUUUAUAUUGAUCACUUCAUCGUAAUUGUCUUUCUAUUUAGUCUUGGAUACUUUGUCACAAAUGC